UAGAAGACCGAUUCGCCACAUUUAGAAAUUUACAGCUUUAAAACCUGCCUUUCUACAAGACAACCUCAAUCCUCGAACCAUAUCCCACGUUCAAGUCCAACCAAGAUGCGCGGCCGACGAACCAACACGCAACCGGUGGAAGACAACUCCGUCGCCCCCGAAACCCUCAGCGAUGGCCUACCUCUCCCCAAACUCAUCGUCUUCGACCUGGACUACACGCUCUGGCCAUUCUGGGUAGACACGCACGUCAGCGCCCCGAUCAAGCCCCGCGACAACAACUCGCGCUGCACAGACCGCUGGAACGAAUCCUUCACCUUCUACCCAGGCGUCCCGUCAAUCAUCCACAGCUGCAAGACAAAGUCAAUCCCGAUGGCGAUCGCCUCCCGCACGCACGCGCCGGACCUCGCGCGCGACAUGCUCAAGGCCCUGCACAUCAUCCCCUCGUUCACCGACAACCCGGCGGCCAACAAGACCAAGACGGUGCGCGCGCUCGACUACUUCGACUACAUCCAGAUCUUCCCCGCCAGCAAGACGCAGCACUUCGCUAAGAUCCAGCAGGCGAGUGGGAUCGCGUACGAGGAUAUGCUGUUCUUUGAUGAUGAGGCACGGAAUCGCAAUGUUGAGACGGAGCUGGGCGUCACGUUUUGUUUGGUGCGCGAUGGGACGACGAGGGCGGAGGUCGAUCGGGGGGUUUGGGCUUGGAGGAAGAGGAAUGGGAUUCGGAAGGGGGAGAAUAAACUGGAUGAUGGGGCGGAGGAGUAG